CUCCAGUUCAGGCCUACGGUUCUGCAGGGGUGGGAAGCAGGGUGAGGGUGUGGACUCGGUUUUUGCACUCGGACGGAAGCUAGGGAGCAAUGGUGCUCCAUCUGGUGUCCAGAUGGUCUGCAAGUCUCCUCUGGACAUCUCCAGGAUGGAGGAGGACCUACACCCAGAGAGCUGUGGGGUUGAAGCUGCUGGGUGGCCCUCGGGGUGUGUACAGCCCCUUGGCUUGCAGAGCGUACUCCGUGGUCGCUGGCAGCCCAGAGGUGACCCUGACCCCUGAGCGAUACCCGGUGCAACGGCUGCCUUUUUCUACUGUGUCUGAGGAGGACCUGGCUGCAUUUGAAUGCAUCAUACCUGGCAGAGUAAUUACAGAUGCAGAGCAACUACAGACAUGCAAUGUGGACUGGCUGAAGACCGUCCGGGGCUGUAGUAAGGUGUUGCUGAGACCCCAGACCUCAGAGGAAGUCUCCCAGAUUCUUAGGCACUGCUAUAAGAGGAACUUGGCUGUGAACCCGCAGGGCGGGAACACUGGCAUGGUGGGUGGCAGCGUCCCUGUCUUUGACGAAGUCAUCCUGUCCACUGCCCUCAUGAAUCAAGUCAUCAGCUUUCACGAUGUAUCUGGAAUCCUGGUUUGCCAGGCAGGCUGUGUGCUGGAGGAGCUGAGCAGGUACGUGCAGGAGCGGGACUUCAUCAUGCCACUGGACUUGGGAGCGAAGGGCAGCUGCCACAUCGGGGGAAAUGUGGCAACAAAUGCUGGUGGCCUGCGAUUCCUGAGAUAUGGCUCCCUUCGAGGGACUGUCCUGGGCCUGGAAGUGGUCCUCGCUGAUGGGACCAUCCUGAACUGCCUGACGUCUCUGAGGAAGGACAACACAGGCUAUGACCUGAAGCAGAUGUUCAUUGGGUCAGAGGGCACCCUGGGAGUCAUCACUGCUGUGUCCAUCGUGUGCCCACCCAGGCCCAAGGCUGUGAACGUGGCUUUCCUUGGUUGCCCUGGGUUUGCUGAGGUUUUGCAGACCUUCCGCACUUGCAGGGGGAUGCUGGGUGAGAUCCUGUCUGCGUUUGAGUUCAUGGAUGCUGAAUGCAUGCAGUUGGUUGGACAGCACCUCCAGCUGACCAACCCAGUACAAGAGAGUCCCUUCUAUGUCCUGGUUGAGACUUCGGGCUCCAGCACAGGACAUGAUGCCGAGAAGCUGACCAACGUCCUGGAGCAGGUGCUGAACUCUGGGCUGGUGACAGAUGGCACGAUGGCCACCGACCAGAGGAAAGUCCAGAUGCUGUGGGCCUUGCGGGAGAGGAUCACAGAGGCGCUCAGCCGCGAUGGCUACGUGUUCAAGUAUGACUUAUCCCUCCCCGUGGAGCGGCUCUAUGACCUUGUGAUCGACCUACGUACCCGCCUUGGCCCUCGUGCCAAGCAUGUGGUGGGAUAUGGGCACCUGGGGGACGGCAACCUUCACCUGAACGUGACAGCGGAGGCCUUUAGCCAGGAGUUGCUCGGUGCCUUGGAGCCUUAUGUGUACGCCUGGACAGCAGAGCAGCGGGGCAGUGUCAGUGCGGAGCAUGGCCUGGGCUUCAAGAAGAAGGAUGUACUUGGCUAUAGCAAGCCACCUGUGGCCGUGAAGCUUAUGCAACAGCUCAAGGGCAUGCUGGACCCCAAAGGCAUCCUGAACCCCUACAAGACUCUACCUGCCCAGGCCUAAGUGGAGCUUUCCAGCUUGGGCAAGAUGCUAGGACCUUGGGCAUGCAGGGUUGGUGGGCCUGGAGGCCUCCCAGCUGAUGGCACCCACAACAGACCAUGUUACUGAAGCUCACUGGCUAGCCAGGACCCAGCUCUGAGCACCCUCUGGGCAAGGCUGCCUCUCUGUGGGGGUGAACAGGGCAGAUAGAGCUGCCAGGACCUUCUUUUGUCUCCUGCCAGCUCACUGUGGAGAGAAUAAGUCACCCACUUAUUCUCAGUGGAGCAGUUGCUCCACUCCCAAACAGGCCAGAUCUCACCAGCUCUGGGGUGGCCAGCCUGUGGAGACCUGCUUUCUUGCAUCUCUGUGACUUGUAAUUUUAAAAGCUUGCUACUUGCCUGGUGCCUUGCGAGGCUGCCAUCAGUCUCAUUCAGCUUUGCUAAUGGCCCUCUGGUCAUUUUCCCCUGGAGCUGUGACUGCUGCCCCGUCCCCUCAUGGCUAGCUUUGUCAAACCGCCGCCAACAAUCACCCCAGUGGAUAGAAAAACACCAGACAGUUUUAUUACCUUAAAACUAGACAGAUAACUCAAUGGCUGGGCUAAGAAUUUCCUGCCCUAAUCUUAUCAACUAGCUCCCUCCAUUUUGCCUGGCCCUCUGCCCACAGCAGAAGCUAUAAACUCUAAGAGCCCCACGACCUACAUGUCUGCAGCUUCCUAUUCGCUCCAAAGCCUGGUCCAAAUUCUGCUUUCUUUGUGUCCCUUUCUUCUGCCUGGGACCCUAAACUUCCAUCUUUUUCCCUCACCCAACAAUUAGCUUCUGCCUCCUUUAUUGACAUAAUCAAGAACCAAUUAGGGAACCAAUACCCCUCCCUCCACAUCUCUGGGAAGAGAACCACGUGAUCUCUUGAAUAGAUCUUACUGGACAGUUUGCCUUGUGGCACGUAUUCUGUGAGGGCUGCAGCAGAGUUGUCCAGCCCCUGAUCAGUUACCAUGGUGACCCAGAAUGCCACAACUCAUUCUCAUGGGGCUGAGUGGGAUUUGCUGUCAUAUCAAGCAGGCCUUGGAUUGGUAACUGGCCCACCCGGCCAGGCCAUUCCCUCAGGUUUUGUUCGUUUUGAGACAGGGUGUCUCUACCUAACUCUGACUGUUCUGUUCUGGAAUUUACGAUGUAGACCAGAUUGACCUUUGACUCACAGAGAUCCUCCAUGCCUCUGCCUCCGCUCUGCCCCCUGAGUGAUGGGAUUAAAGACAAGUGCCACUACAC